GAACUGGUUGCUGAUCAUGAAUUUCGUGGCAUAAAGGAGAAUAUAUCCAUGUAGAGCGUGGAGAAUAUUCAAAAUCGCUUACUCACACCCACAUUCGCAAUCCGCUUAGACAGAAUGGCGGGGCUUGGGCGACGAACACAUUAUCGGAAGCACUUGACAGACUCGAUACUUCACGACUUUCCUGAACCUCUGGGGGACGAACGGGUCGCCAAGAUAGUUGCUACUCGGGGAAGUAAUCAGUUCGACAUAGUCUUGUCGGUGGAAAAAUCGUUACCAGAAGAGCACUCAGCGACAACGCGACCUUGCCACUUGGCCAUCCUUCCCACAAAGUUUCGCAAACUGGUUUGGCUCAAACGAAACGAUUUUGUCAUCGUUCAAACAGCUACGGAUGCGGAAGGUGCUGACAGAAAGAACGAUUCUGGUGGAGUUCGCUUUAUGAUUACGCAUAUUCUUUACAAGGAGCAGAUCAAGCAUCUGCAAUCGAAUGAACUCUGGCCCGGAUGGGAUACGGAAUUUACUCAGGACUCGAUAGAGAGUAGUCCCCAAAAUGAAAUAACUACAAACGAGGAUUGUAGUAGUGCAGGGGUCAGAUCCUUCGACGAAGAGGACCAAGCUUCGCCGAUCGAGGAUGGGAUUGUGUAUGCAACUGGAUACGAUACAGAUGAUGAUCUUUUCGUUAAUACCAACAGACUUGCUAGCUUGCAGGUUCAAGACUCGUCGGAGACUGAAAGCGACGAAAACUGAUACGUCGACACUGCCACUGUCCCUGGUGAAAAUACAUACGAGACUGAGACGAAGAAAUGGUUGCUGGUAAGAGACGGCAGCCACAAAACCAGUUGUUGUCCAUCGCAAACUCUGCUGUGGCAAAAAUUUGCUCGCAGUUCAAGACCCGUCGGAAUUGUACUUGGGCUGGCCUAGUAAAAGUAGUAGUAGACAGGUGUCAUUGAAAAAAAUGCCCAUUCCACUGUCAAUGCAUUCGAAAAGAGAAAAUACGCUAAAGGGGAUGGGAAAAGGUGAAAAACUCGCUAAUGUAAAGGGGACAGAACGUGUUCUCUCUAAUGUAAUUAGCUUCAUUUGGCGCCAGUA